AUGGAUAAAAGCGCUGAGUUCUGGAUAUAUGAGUAUGAUAGACAUGCUCCCAAUGGUAUGUCUAAGGGGAACUACUUCAACAUAACAAUCAAAUUGACCAAGCAGAUUGAGAUUAGAAUGCCCAAGACGAAUUUUGACCCAUCCGCCUCACGAGUUGAGGAAAAUAUGAUUGUAAAGAUCACAGACGGACUCAUUAUCUCGCCAUCUUACCUACAAGAGAUCAAAGCUUGCGCGCUUCCCCUCUCCACCUACGGGCGUGGCGGUCACACUUCUCAAGGAAGUAGUCAUUCGGGGGAUUCAAAACAAUUUCACAUUCUUAGAUGGCAUGCCCGCACUUCCGAUUUUCCUAACAUG